CGCGGGGGCGGGGCGUGGCGGCGCUGUCCGUGCCGGUGCCCCAGCGCAGCGGGUCCAGCAUGGCAGCGGGGGCGGCCGCCCCGCGGGACCACGGCCCCGGCGGGGAAAAGCGCAUCCUGUGCGUGGGGCUGGUCUGCCUGGACAUCAUCAGCGUGGUGGAGGCCUACCCCGCCGAGGACUCCGACACCAGGUGUGUGUCGCAGCGGUGGCAGCGGGGCGGCAACGCCUCCAACUCCUGCACGGUGCUGUCGCUGCUGGGAGCCCCCUGCGCCUUCAUGGGCUCGCUGGCCCCCGGGCACGCCGCCGACUUCGUCCUGGCCGACCUGCGGCGCUACGGGGUGGACGUGGGCCACGUGGUGCCGCAGCCUGGCGGCUGCCUGCCCGCCUCCGUCGUCAUCGCCAGCGCCAGCCGGGGCACCCGCACCAUCCUGCACGCCCACGGGAACCUGCCCGACGUGACGGCGCGUGACUUCGAGCGGGUCGACCUGUCCCAGUACAAGUGGAUCCACUGGGAGGCCCGUAACGCGGCGGAGCAGGCGGAGAUGAUGCGGCGGGUGGAGCGGUACAACGGGGCCCGGCCGCCGGCCGAGCGGGUCCGCACCUCGGUGGAGGUGGAGAAGCCGCGGGAGGAGCUGCUGCCGCUGAUGGGCCUGGGCCACGUGGUGUUCAUCAGCAAGGACCUGGCCCAGCACUUCGGGUACCGCUCGGCCCCCGAGGCGCUGCGGGGGCUGCACAGCCGCGUGCAGCCGGGGGCCACCCUGAUCUGCGCCUGGGCCGAGGAGGGGGCCGACGCCCUGGGGCCCGGCGGGGAGCUGGUGCACUCGGACGCCUUCCCCCCCGAGACCCUGGUGGACACGCUGGGGGCCGGGGACACCUUCAACGCCGCCGUCAUCUUCGCGCUCUCGGCAGGGAGAAGCCUGCAGGACGCCCUCACCUUCGGCUGCCGCAUCGCGGGGAGGAAGUGCGGGAUCCAGGGCUACGACGGCAUCGUCUGAGCCGGGCGGCCCGUGCCCCGACACCCCCCCACACCCCUCUGGGCACGCCACCCCCGCUGCACCCCCACCCCGCUGCACCCCCAGCCCUGCUGCCAAUAAAGCCCCGGCUGGCCCCCC